AUGCAAUUGACUGGCAGUGGAACGAAAGGUGACUUAUCAUGCUCUCUGGCUGACUUUGGGUGCCAUACACAACGUUCAUACUUCGAAACUUCGCACACCAAGGGUGAGCAAGAUGCAGCAGGUUCACACAUAAAGCUAAAGGUCAGCCAGGCAGUGUUAAGAGGAACAGCUAGAAUAACCAGUGCCAAAAGCAUGCAUGAUUUUCUUUUGGAAAAAUUUUCUCUUCCAGCAGCAAGCAGCUUUCGCUCUAGAACAAAAGAAGUUGAGCUGAAACGUCGAGUGUUUUUCUUUGUCCCAAUCACAGGGGAUGGUUCAGUAGUAAGGAACAGACCUGACAGGCACUUCAAACCAGUAAAAGGAAUUCGUCAGUGGCACUGUGUGAAGUCUUUGGCACAGCAAGAGAAGCUGAAAGUCAGGAAGAGGUCCUGCUAUUGUGCAAACUGCAUCUUGGAGGACGAGGAUCACUGCCAAAAUCAAGAGUGGAUGGACGAUUGGAAGGAUGUGGACAACACCAGAGAGGGUUCAGUAGCAACCACAAGACAAGCUUCUGAAUAAUCUGCAUUAAACCAUGACACUACACUACAUAUCGCAGAUCUGGCUGCUAAAGGAAGUACUGUAGCAAUCGCUGCAUGUGAAGAUCCUGUAUAUGACUUCUAUUUGCUAGAAGUGACUUCUGAGGGUGUUGUAGAGCUGGAGGACUCUCUGAUAGAUGAUUAUUCUAGUCACUAUCCAAGAGGCAGUGCUUUAUUAAAGGGUCACUUCUAUCUAAGAGAAAACCUACACGAUAUGACUUACACUCUGGACACCAAGCAUCUGGCUGUUGUGUAUGCAGGCACAGUACGACACACAUGUAGUGAGGUGGCAGUUAAGAAGAAGACAAAAAGGAAGACAAUUUACAAACUUUCUCUAACUCAGCAUGAAGAAAUUAUGGCUUCUUUCUAA